CGCGCUGAUAUAAAACAACGUACGCGCUUCCAGCCGCCAUCCGCGAUAUGCUCAGAUUCGUGCCGUUCAUUUGUUUUGUUCAGUUGUUAGCUGUUUAAAAAUAAUCUGAAUGAGUUUUGGAAUCUAUUAUUGAGCGCUAAUAAUAUUUUCUACUAACUAGCUCGUACCUGAAAGAGAAAAUGCCGAACGCAGGAAAUAGGAAAAUAGAAGAUAAUCCAAAAAUAUUAUCUGGACCAGUAUUGCAAAAUUCUCCAAAUGCUGUUCUUUCGAAGACCCUCCUUGGCCGCUACAAUGACUUGCCUAUCCCGCCUGACUGCUACCUCGCCACAUACAUCUGGAUUGACGGAACUGGGGAGCACCUAAGAUGCAAGGACCGAACCCUGAAGUUUAUAGCGAAGUCGCCUAAAGAUUUGCCCGUAUGGAAUUUUGACGGUAGUUCUACCGGACAAGCCAAGGGAAGAAAUUCCGACACGUGGCUAGUUCCCCGAGCCAUCUACAAGGACCCGUUCCGCCGGGGACACCACAUCCUGGUCAUGUGCGACACAUAUCAGUACGAUAUGAAGCCGACCGCAACAAAUCAUCGUCAGAAAUGUCAAGAUGCUUAUGACAGAUGCAAAGACGAGGAACCCUGGUUCGGCAUUGAGCAGGAGUACAUACUUCUGGACGCAGAUCUGCGACCGUUCGGAUGGCCACCAGGCGGCUUCCCUCCUCCACAGGGACCGUAUUACUGCGGUGUCGGCGCAAACAAGGUGUUCGCUAGGGAUCUCGUUGAAGCUCACUACAGAUGUUGUCUUUGUGCUGGCGUGCCAAUCGCUGGCACAAAUGCUGAGGCUAUGCCUUCUCAGUGGGAGUUCCAAAUCGGACCUUCAGUUGGAGUAAGCGUAGCUGAUGACCUAUGGAUCGCUCGCUACAUUUUGCAUAGACUCGCCGAGGAGUACGGAGUCAUCGUAACCUUCGAUCCUAAGCCAGUCCAGGGCUGGAAUGGAUCUGGAGCUCACACUAACUUCUCAACGAAGAAGAUGAGGGAAGAAAAUGGCAUUGUUGAAAUCGAGAAAGCCAUAGAAAAGUUGUCCAAGGUCCACAAGGAGCAUAUCAAGGUGUACGACCCUCGUGGAGGCAAGGACAACGAGCGGAGACUCACGGGGCAACACGAGACUGCCAGUAUCAAUGACUUUAGCGCAGGCGUUGCAGACCGUAGCAGCAGUAUCAGGAUCCCGCGCACCGUGGCGGAGGAGAAGAAGGGCUACCUGGAGGAUCGCCGGCCCGCCUCCAACUGCGACCCCUACUCCGUCAUCGAUGCACUCAUGCGCACCUGUUUGCUUAACGAAUGACGAGCUGAAGAGACCUCAGAGCUACUUUUGAUAUAGAUACUAACAUAAUUUUGAUUAUACAAAUCCAUACUUGUUGUAAAGAAAUUAUAUUUGUAUUUUUGAAA